AAAGCAAAAGAUGCCCUGGAGAAGUGUGGCUGGCUCCCCGAACAUUAAACAUGACCCAGUCAGUCAAGCUCGCCUCCAGAGUGCUCAAUCGAGUCCACCUGCCUCCAAAGCUGGAUGCCUCUCUGGCCUCCAGGGGUUCCGACUCCGGUCUCCGGAAUUUGUCUGACAUCCCUGGGCCCUCUAUGCCUGGCUUCCUGGCAGAACUUUUCUGCAAAGGGGGGAUGUCCAGGCUACAUGAACUGCAGGUGCAGGGAGCAGCGCGCUACGGACCGAUAUGGUCCGGCAGCUUCGGGACCCUUCUCACGGUGUACGUGGCCUCCCCGGCACUUGUGGAGCAGCUACUGCGACAGGAGAGUCCCUGUCCCGAGCGCUGCAGCUUCUCAUCUUGGGCGGAGCACCGUCGCCGCCACCAGCGGGCUUGCGGCUUGCUAACAGCGGAUGGCGAAGAAUGGCAGAGGCUCCGGAGUCUCCUGGCCCCGCUACUCCUCCGGCCUCAAGCAGCCGCUGGCUAUGCUGGAACUCUGGACAACGUGGUCCAUGACCUGGUGCGACGACUGAGGCGCCAGCGGGGACGUGGCUCUGGGCUACCCAACCUAGUUCAGGACGUGGCGGGAGAGUUUUACAAAUUUGGCCUAGAAGGCAUAGGCGCGGUGCUGCUGGGUUCGCGCCUGGGAUGCCUGGAGGCUGAAGUCCCUCCCGACACAGAGACCUUCAUCCAUGCGGUGGGCUCGGUGUUUGUGUCCACACUCUUGACCAUGGCAAUGCCCAACUGGAUGCACCGCCUUGUACCCGGACCCUGGGCCCGCCUCUGCCGAGACUGGAACCAGAUGUUUGCUUUUGCCCAGAAACACGUGGAGCAGAGAGAAGGCGAAGCAGCCAUGAGGAAACUGGGAAAGCCUGAGGAGGACGUGCCUUCUGGUCAUCACUUAACCCACUUCCUUUUUCGGGAAAAGUUGUCUGUCCAGUCCAUCGUGGGGAACGUGACAGAGCUACUACUAGCUGGAGUGGACACGGUAUCCAAUACACUCUCCUGGACGCUCUACGAACUGUCCCGGCACCCAGAAAUCCAGUCGGCACUUCACUCUGAGAUCACAGCUGCCAUGGCCCCUGGCUCGGGUGCCCACCCCCAAGCUACUGCUCUGUCUCAGCUACGCUUGUUGAAGGCUGUGAUAAAAGAAGUGUUAAGACUGUACCCUGUGGUACCUGGGAAUUCCCGUGUCCCAGACAGAGACAUCUGCCUAGGUGACUACAUUAUCCCCCAAAAUACGCUCAUCUCUCUAUGUCACUAUGCCACUUCAAGGGACCCCGCACAGUUUCCAGAGCCAAACUCUUUCAAUCCAGCUCGCUGGCUGGGGGAAGGCCCAGCCCCACACCCGUUUGCAUCUCUUCCUUUUGGCUUUGGCAAACGCAGCUGCAUAGGGAGACGCCUGGCGGAGCUUGAGUUACAAAUGGCUUUGGCUCAGAUCUUGACCCACUUUGAGGUGCUCCCUGAGCCAGGUGCUCUCCCAGUCAGACCAAUGACCCGGACUGUCCUGGUACCUGAGAGGAGCAUCAACCUUCAGUUUGUAGACAGAUAGUCCUAUGGAAGGAAGAAGUUGUCAUCUCUCCAAACUGGACAUUCUUUAUUGGGCAUGAGAGGCACACUUUCCCUUGAGGCCUGCUUGGCCGAGCAAACCUGAGGAAGCAGGACCUGGCCUAUGUGUGAAGCAUGUACUUGGUCUGACUCAGCAGGUCUUCACAGAGCCCAAGCUCCUUUCUCCUGCUCAGUAUUUCUCCUGGUCAUUUUUCAAGGCCCAAAGCCAUUAGAUUUUAACAUAUCCUUAAAGGCCAACUUGGAUGUUAACUAACAACCCUAGGUGGCCUGGGAAGGAUUCAACCCAUUCCUCCUGCGUUUACACUGUGUUCACUGACAUGCUGUCUAAGCAUUUACCGUGGCAUGAGCUAAGUGAUUGUGCAUCUGCUGGGCACCUGGUUGGGUCUCUUCCUAAGCAUGUGAGUGAGCUCUUUGGGAAGAGUGAUGAAGCCUCAUUGGUCCACUGGGCUUUUUUAGUUCACACUGUCCUUGAACUCACAACCCUCUUUACCUCACCUCCCCAAGUGUUGGGGUUACAGACAUGAACUACCACUUCCAGAUUUAUCAGCCUCUGUAUUUCCCGUCAGGGUCUUUCUCUGGCUGCAGGACACCAUGGACAUUCUCAGAUUGAAUCUGGGCCUUGUGUCAGGAGGGAUGGGCACUCACCAGGCUCUGUCCCCCACCUUGUUUCUCUCUUCAUCUUGUCCCUAGCAAAGUGAGCCUGUCCUAGCCUAGUUUAUGGUAUUUUUUAGGCUCCCCUUGGACCUUCAGCCACUCUAAAGUGGGUCUGCACCACUUUUUACAAGCCAUCUUUUGGCUUGCUCCUACCUCCUCAGUCUGUCUUCUUUUUUAUAUUGAAAAAACUUAAUUAUAUUAUUAAGUUUUAAAAUAAAAUGUUUACUCCUUG